AGGAAGUUGAGGGAGGAGCGCCAGCUCGCAAAGGGCACUGGCGCCGACGGCGACACGAAGGAGAGCCUUCGCAAGAAGGUCGAGAGUCAAGCUGCGGAGCUUCGCCGGCUUCAGCAGCAAGGGGGUAAAGGAGACCCCGCAGGCGGCCGCGAUACCGGCGGCCGCGGCGCCAAGUGACAACGCCAUGCCUGCGCCUCGGGAGCUGCUACCUGUGCCGCUCCCGCAGGCGCCCUUCGACAGCAGCGGGCGUCCCAGCUCGUGCUGUCGUGCCGUGCGUUCUCGUCUACUCCGCCACCGGCACGUCGACGGGUGGAGCAUGGAGGCGCAUCAGGCGCUGAACUGUCUCCACGGACGAGGGGGCGCUGAUCCUGGGUGCCCGCCCACUCUAGGGCAAAGUUUUGGUUCUGAACACGUGCGAGCUGCUGUUCAAAGCAUCGGUGCUCCCACUAUCACCGGCGCGGCAGCCUUCAAGGAGCUGCGCGCCAGCAAGCCCGGCUACACAUCGACGCCGGUGAAGCCCGCCGCCUUCCAGCGCGACCUCGUCGCGCUGCCCUCGCCCGGCGCCAAGUGCGAUGGCGCCAGCAUCUUGCAGGGCGAGGCGCUUGACCUCUGGGAGGAUUGGCAGCAACGGUUGUUGCGGAAGAGCCCAGAUGUCUCCGCCGUGAAGCCGCAUUGCGACGCGAAGCUGAUGCAGAGCAAGUCCAGCUACGCCCACUUCGUGGCUGACUUGUACGACGCCGGGCUGGUGAAGUUCGGCUCGUUACGUGAACCUACUCUUGGAAUUUUCUUCGUUCCCAAGUCUGAUGGGAAGUUGCGGCUUAUAUUUGACACGCGUCGGGUCAACCAGCUCUUCGAGCCUCCUGCGCACACGGCGCUGCCUACGGCUGGCUGCUGGAAGGGGUUGCUCUUGGAGCCUAAUGACGAGCUGUGCCUCUCGCAAGUUGACGUGGAGGCUUGCUUCUACCGCAUGCGUGCACCUCCCGGGAUGGAGGAGGUUUUCGUCUUGCCCCCGCUGGACUGCGAUGCCCUUCGCCGACUUCGGCCAGACAUCGCCAUCGGCGGGGACGUGACAUGUUCUCCCUUGCUCAUCGUUCUGCCUAUGGGUUGGAACUGGUCACUGGUUUUUUGCCAAGAGAUGGUCACGCAGUGCGUGCAGCGUGCUGGUUACCCGCCGUCCCGUAUUAUUGAAGACAAGCGGGCGACUCCAUCCCUGGUCGGCCAGACCGCGGCCGCGGUGUAUGUCGACGGAGUCGCAGUGAUUGGCACGCAGAGCGCGCAGACCGUGCAGGACUGUCGUACCAUUGCCGAAUCCCUCCUUGCAGUGGGCCUGGUCACCAAGGACAUGGAGCUGCCACAGGACGAGCGGCCGUUCACCGGGCUCAUCUUCGAGAAGGGGUCCGGGCGGAUCUCCCUCUCGCGCAGCCGGAUCUGGAGGAUCCGACGGGCCUUCCAGUUUGCCGCCGAGGCCGACAAGCUCACUGGCGUGCAGAUGCGCAUGCUCCUGGGGCACUACACCUGGGCAGCCAUGCUGAGGAGGCCGCUGCUGUCCGUCUUCGCCGCCUGCUACUCCUUCGCGGAGAAGGCCGGGGACAUGGCGUGGCGGCCUUGGGCUACUGUACGUCACGAGCUCAGGCUGGGCGCAGCGCUGGUGGCGAUGGCCUCUGUAGAUUUGCGUCGGCCGGUCGCCGCCACUGUGCUGGAAGACUGGAAGGUUUGUUUCUAUGGACGGUUCAACAGGGCCGCCGACAUCGUUAUCCUGGAGGGGGAGGCUCUGGUCAUGGGGGUCCGCCACUUCGUUCGCAACACUGCCAACCAUGGACGUCGCCUGCUGCUGCUAUGCGAUAACAUGGGGCUGGUGCUCGCAUCAGGGAAGGGGAGAUCUUCGGUGCCGUCGCUCAACCUCGUGCUUCGUCGGCUCGCUGCGAUCUCCAUCUUCGCCAAUAUCGAUAUCACAGUACGGUGGAUCCCUUCAGAGUUGAAUCCAGCAGACGCCCCGUCGAGACUCCCAGCAGCCAGGGCUCAGGACGCCCGCCUCGACCUCCGCUCUUUCGGAGGCCGCCCUGCGCCAGAGCCCGACGAUGGCUCGCUAUGGCGAGCCGCUGCGGAGGCGCUCGCCGCAGAAGGGCGCCCGCGGCGGCGCGACCCAGGCCUUGCCGGCCUCGGCGACGCCGCGGCGCCCGCGGCACUGGCAGGGGGCUUCGGGCUCCACCGGGGGGGCAUCGGCACGCAGCCGAGCGACUCCUCGGACAGCGACUCGGAGCCGGAGCCCACGGCCAGCUCGAGCGACGCCAGCCCCAGCGGAGAAAGCUACAGCGAGAAGAGCGAGGUUGGCGGCCGAGCGGACCAGGCGCGCAAGAUCAGGGCCUCGUCCAACGUGCACUUCGUGACCUCGUACCGGAACUUCGACAACUGGUGCCAGACGCAUGCCGUGCCCGUUCAGACCGCCAGCGAGAUCGACAAGGCCAUCAGCGAGUACAUGGACGUGCUCUACUUCGACGGGAUGCCGUCGGACGUCGCAUCGAAGACGAUCGCGGCCGUCCGGCACUUCCGCCCCGCGGCGGUGGGCGAGGCCGAGUUGGCGGCCAGCAGGGCCGCGCUGAAGGGCUUCCGCCUGCUCGCCCCAGCCCGCGCGCGCCAGCCGCUGGUCCGCGAGGCGGUCUUCUGCCUGAUAGGGCUGGCGAUGCUGGACGGCGAGUCGGGGUUCGCGGAGGCCCUCAGCUUGGCAUGGGACACAGCCCUCCGCUUGCCCAGCGACCUGAUGCAGUUGCGAAGCCCGUCCCUCGUGCCGCCGCAGCCCCGCAUGGAGAUCUACGUGUGGAGCCUGCUGCUGUACCCAGAGGAGACCGGCCUGCGCAGCAAAGGGAAGCAGUUCGACGAGGGGGUCCAGCUCACGCCAGCAGGAUCCAAGGCGCUAGGCCCUGCCCUGGCGCGCCUACGGGAACGCCCAGCCCUGGCGCCCGUGUGGGACCUCGACGCCAGGCGCUUCGGCCAGCUCUUCAAGAAGUACGCGGAGAUGAUCAACCUCAGGGACCCGCACCCAUACCGGGUGCGACACGGCUCGGCGAGCUGGGACAUCGCCAGCGGGACGCGGAGCCUCGAGGCGGUGCAGGCCCGUCUUCGGCACGCCAGCGCGACCAGCACCCAGCGGUACAGCCGAGCUGCUCGGUACACCGCGGAGCUGGAGCUGGCGCCAGAGUCGGUCAAGGCCUUCGGCGCCGCGGUGGCGGACCAGUGGGCCUUGACGCUCCAAG